AAGUCCCUUGAGGCCGAAGACGAGGCACGAGAAGCUGGCGUCGUAGAAGAGGGCUCUGCAGUUCCUCCCGCCCCCAUACCACGACGGUUAUCAUCCCGCAACGAGAGUUCAUCGUCCGGCGUUUUGUCGGCCGAAUCCGUUUUCAACGGCACGUCGCCAAGGUACGUCAUGGAAGAAGGAGCUGCAGCCAAGGGCAGCGGUCCUCAGCAGUUCGUGAGGAGUGCAGGAGGUGCAACGAUGGAUACUGAUUCCUUCAUGGAGGGACAGAAUUCCAUUGAGAAAAGUGCUUCCAGUAUGGGAGGCGGACGUCAAUCGGUUGGCGCAGGUGCUGCGCCGCCUCCUGGAGUGAUUUCAGCAUUAUUCGCGCCUCCUGUAUCAGCUAGUGGUCCUCGUGGUCCGUUGUUCGAGUACACGGAGCCAAAAGCCGAUGAACAAGUAGCACCAGGGGGGUUAGCUGCACGCUUUCGCGUACCGCGUUUGAUAGAGGAGCGACUAGAACUGCCUUGGAUGGUGGACCCUGCGCGUCUGCCCACACGACCCGGGGACCCGAUCGCUGCGACCUCUGAGGUGCGCCGGCUCCGGGACAAGGUGCACGAGUUGUCGCAACUGCUCGGUAGUUCCUCUUCUUCGACGAGUGAGCACUCCGUGUUGAAGGAGCUGACCGCGGCACUGGAACAGGAGGUUGCAGCGUUGAACGAAAAGCAGAUGGGUGAAGUCUUGGCGUGGCACGAGCAGCAGGAGGAGGCCGUUGCGGAGGAACUGUUAAGGCUUCCCCUGAUCCAUCUCCAGAGGCAUGUCGGAGCUGCCUCACCGGCGGGGAAAUAGAAGGUCCUCGAUGGAUGCUCUCAGGAUGGAUUAGGGUGAGCUCUAAAACUAGGCGGAGGCAACUAUCGUCCGGCGGUGUUCCGGGAGGGCCAGGACCUGGCGCAGUCCCUCCUGACGUGGGCCAGGGAACAGAAGCAUAUGGUCGAUGAUGAUGAGUACCUGCACCUCGGGCGCAAUGUGAGCCCUCUCGGGCCAGCGAUUGGGCUGAAGAUUCGGAAGCAGC